UUCUCUAAGCAACGACCUGCAAACGGGCAUCCGAGCUAAAAAAGAAGGGGGGAAAAAACAGGAACCACAUUAAUUUCAAGUGUCUUUGCAAUGUUCCCGACGAUAUUCCUACAUCGUCUGCUUUGAUUUUGUCGAAGUUGCUGUCUCUCCAGACGUCGGCUACAGAAACCAAAGCAGAAAUUAAUGCAUCUUGCUCCUCGUUCCUGUUUGUUUUGACCUGUGUAGCUAGAAAGGAAUCCUGCAAGAGGGAUUAGCGGUCUGUCAAUGAGGAACUACCGGCUCAUCUUCUGCCACAACCUGAAGCAACCAUAGAUGGUUCAGUGGUUCACUGGCUAGGGGAGGAGAGGAUAGGACACACUUUCACUGCUACACGACGUGAGGUCUUGGCGGGGUUGUGGUGAGGAGGAGGAGGUGGAAGAGGAGGCCAUGAGGAAGAGCGUGUCUCUGUUGCCAGGCAACGAGGGCGGGAGCUCAGCCAGCACCACACGGGUUUUUGGAGUCCCUUUGGAGGAGGUGACGCGCACACACACUGUCAGCGGCCAAGAAGUUCCUGCACUGGUUAAACACAUUGUGGACUACAUUGAGGAGCAUGGUCAUCUGGAUUUGGAGGGGCUCUGUCUGGUUAAUGGCAACGCGGAGCGAGUGGACUGGCUACGUCAGCGCUAUGACAGCGGGGAGGAGGUGGAGCUAGAGAAGGAGGCCGAUCUGGCAUCAGCGGUCAGUUUGCUCCGACUCUUCCUGCAGGAGCUUCCUGAGCCCGUCAUCCCAACGGCAAUACAAGGACACAUACUUCAGCUGUACCAAGAUUACAGCAAUGAAGAAGAGCUGAGCAGAAACUUGAAGUACCUGCUGCAGCAGCUUCCUCAGUUGAACUACGGCCUGCUGCGUUUUCUGUGCCGCUUCCUGGCCAGCGUGGCAUCACUUCAGCAGGAGAGCUGGAACGUCGGGGCGCUGGCCGCUGUCUUCGGACCAGACAUCUUUCAUCUGUCAACUGAAGGAGAGGACCUUCGGGAUCAGGAGUCUGUCAGCAGAGUUUUGGCAGAGCUGUUGGACAAUCAGGAAGGCCUGUUUGACUCAGAGGAUGAUGAUGUCUCGACCACCAAUGACUAUAGCUCCAUCAAUGAACAGAUCACAGAGUUCUUGGAUGAUGACAAGUGUGAGGGAGAAUGUGAAGAGCUGCCUCAGGACUCGGAGGACGGACCUGCAACCGCUGACUCACCACAACACACAUGCACUGAUGACAGCCCAGAAGCCAGCUCCCACCUCUCCUCUAUAUCCAUCCUCCCUGCUGACUCUGCCGAAAUAAUUCAGAGAACCAUCAGAGCAGCGGUGGAGCAGCACUUCUUCAAGCUGAAAACCUCCAUCAGCCAGGACCUGAGCAGCUAUGACAGCCAGGGGGUGAGUCCCACUGAGCCUGAAGACCGGGGUUGUCAUGGAGACAAGGAGCAACAAACUGAUCCUGAUGACACUCCUUGUGACAAAGAAGGGGAGACCCUGCUCACUCAGACCACAGAGCACAUACAGCAUAAUCAGACAGACACACAGAACUUCGUGGACUCUGUCUCCACCCUGGAAGACAGCUCAGGUAUGGACCUGGAUGCAGAAGCUGUCAGAGAUGCUGAGAACAACUUUAACACUGCCAGGCAGGACAAUCAGCCCCUUGAAACCAUGGAGCAGACUGUCACCAUAAACUGUGACUCAGAUUUAGUUAGCUGCGACCAGAAUGCCAACACCAGCGAAAACAACAAGAACCACCUGUCGCCAUGCCAACCAAACUCUGGCCACAACCCCCACCUCCAACUUUUUCCUGAUAACCAGUGGGAGGCGUCACCCCCUUCCCAUCUCCACCUCCCUCCCAUCGACUUCUCAUGUAUGCAUCUACAAAAGGAAGGCCAUGACCCCGUUCCAGCUUACAAAUCCUGGCAGGAUGACAGCGAGAGCGGAGAGGCUCAGCUCUCCCCGCUGGCCGGUCGAAUGGUUCCUCUCCCCCCGCUACCCCUAGAGGAGGACAAUGAGGAAGAAGAAGGAGAGGGAGGGCAGGACGACUCCCCUUCUUCUUCACGCACCCACCCUCAUGUCCUGGCACGACGCUUUCUAGAUUUUGGUGCGCACAGCACCCAACGUUUUCUCCCACAAGACCUUGAUGUUACCUCGCCCACCAAAGCACAGAGGCCGAGGCGAGCAUCUUUUGGCUCCAGAGAAGCGAUUAGAGGAGAUUCUGUGACCCACCAACUCACCAAGAAGCUUCAGCAUCUGAAAAAGAAAAUCAAACAGUUUGAUGAGCAGUUUGAGAAGGAGAGGAACUACAAGCCUUCUCAUGCAGACAGGGCAGCUAACCCCAAAGUUCUCAAGUGGAUGACUGACCUGACCAAGAUCCGCAGACAGAUUAAAGGACGCCAGCACCACCUUUUACCCAGAAGCACGCUGAGGCACCAGGCUUUGCUCCAUUCACACAGACGCCACCAUGCUCCCUCCUCCCCUUCCUCCUCUAUCUACUCACCUCCCCACCACACCCCCACCCCCCCACUCCACCCCUGCUCAGGCCUGAGCUCUAGACCGUUUCUCCUCAAUGCCAAACACUGUGCAGAGACUGAGCUCGGCCCGCAAACACGUCCUCGUAGCAACACCCUUCCCAAGAGUUUCGGCUCCACACUGGAACAAGGUGCUUCGGACACAGCUUGGGAGGUCAAGGGUCCACGCCCCACCAGGGAGGAAACACUGGAGCUGAUCCAGCAUAGAGUCAAAGGGAAGAGGCAGGAGGAUGGCUGGCCUGACGACAUCAAGAAGAUGACCAAAGAACAAUUGUCUUGUGAGAAAAUGCUCCUCCAGAAGAAUCUGCUGCAUUAUGAAGGCCUGCACGGUCGACCUGUCACCAGAGAGGAGCGUCUGAUGGUGAAGCCUCUCUACGAUCGCUACAGACUGGUCAAACAGAUGCUUACCAGAGUCAGCAUUACCCCCGUCACAGUAUCCCCCUCUAGUAAGAGGCGGAGUCAAACCCUCCAGCCAAUCAUUGAGGGUGAAACUGCUCAUUUCUGGGAGGAGAUCAAAGAAGAGGAAGAAGAUGAGCGGAAAGGUGGAGAAGAAGAAGAGAGAGAGGAGGAGGAAGAAGAAGAGGAGGAGGAGGAAGGAGAGAGCAGCGGUGGAGAGAUGCAGAGCUCCGAGGUCAUCAUGGCCUUUGAUGCCAUGACAUCAACCGAUGGGUCUGUGAGGAGCCAGAACCAGCCUGAUGGACAGGGGAACUGUCCAAUGAGAGACAAGGUGGAAGAAGGGUCGGGGAGGCUGGCGCUGGACCUGCGGCUGUCCAGCUCGAAUGCCUCGUCAAUGCCAGAGCUGCUGGAACAGCUGUGGAAAGCCAGAGCAGAGAAGAAGAAACUGAGGAAGAUCAUCAGAGAGUUUGAGGAAGACUUCUAUCAGCAUAAUGGAAGGAAUGUCCAAAAGGAGGACCGGAUGCCGAUGCUGGAGGAGUACAGAGAGUACAAGAGGAUCAAGGCCAAACUGCGCCUUCUUGAAGUCCUCAUCAGCAAACAGGAUUCCUCCAAAUCCAUCUAAACCCUCCUGAGAUAACCGCUAUCACCGCACACAUCAGCCGUCAUCACUGCAGCGAUGCCACACCCAGACGGACGAUACACACUCCAGCCAGCAACAUGCAGAUCACACAACUUCCCACCUUUUCCUGGUUCACUGCAGUCACGUCAUGUGGAAAAACAAGACUGUAAACACAUAACAGCGUCAAAAGUUACAUCCCAGACUCUUAGAUUCGAUCAAAGUAUGAUUUAAGAGUAUUAGGACACAGAAGUAAUCCAAAUAUAGAUUUGAUCACAAAUUUACUUUAAUCCAAAGUAAUCUCAUCAGCCUGUUUUUCCCUCAUGACAUGACGGAGGAACCAUCAAGGGUCAAACCCGACCGCUCAGCCUCAGCAGAUAUCUGCCGCCUCCAUCUGACUUCAUAUCAUUUGAAACACGGCAGCAGUUUAUCAUCACAGAGAAAACGUAAUUAUCACCAUGUUGGUCGUCAUCUUUAUCGUCAAGACUUUGCACUCAUCUUUUGUCCACCUCCUUCUUUCCUCACUGGGGGAAAAUGACUUUAAUUUCAGGAACUUUUCUUUUGUCAUCGUUUGUGUUGCUGAGCAAUCUUAACGGACAGCUCGAGGACUGGCAUUUUAGACACUUUUGACUCAAGACACUUCUUUGUUGGGACGUUUCACACUGUGAAGUCCUGCCGUGUUUCAGCCUCUCUUUGUGGUUGUUAUUUUAGGAGUAUACCACCCUCACACUGUAGAUGCUUUACCUUUUAAAAUUCAAAGUUUAAAGAAAAGUGUUUUUGUUUUUAAAAUGUGUAUAAAGUGUUAGACAUCUUCAUGAAUGUCUUCUUUAAUGAUGCAUUUUGGGAAAAUGUGAUAGAGAUGCUCCUUUUCAUUACGUUCUCUUGUUUUUUACUCUUGUUUGUGUUUUUGGUGCGCAGGGGGAAACUAAGAUGGCUUCCCUGUGAGCAUUUUACAAAGGAGGUUAGCUCAGACGUGCAAGUUUUUGAGUUGUAUGUUUGUUUCUCCUACACCAUUUUAAAAGGAAGCAUGAGACAGAAGAAGCCAACAAGAAUUAUAGUUCCAGAAAUUUAUCUGGAAAGUUAUGCAUCAGCUGACAAAGUUUCCUCGUUUUCUGUUCAGUUUGCUUUUAUUUUCUCUGAACUUACAACCAUGGUGGCUGCAGGAGGUGAGUCUGACGUUCUGGGGGGGGCAGAAACUGAUGGUGGUUAUUGAUUGAUUGCAUCUGUGAGGUGUCAACACUGCCAGCACUGAUUUUAAAAACACAACGUCCACAAUAACAGGAGGGAAGGUGCUGUUCAGCAAAGCAGGAGAGGUUAGCUUCGGUUCAUUCUGCAGUCCCGUUUAAGUUUGAUUUCCUGCUGGCAGGUCAAAUGAGAGCAAAAAGCCUGAAUGAAGGUUUUACUGCAUGCUGAUGAAUGAGUUCUGUAAGAGCAUGUAAUCUUCAGUCAGAUUGGAGUCAGUGGCAUUUUAAGGAGUGGGACAAAGCUCUGCAACAUUUGCUGAUUUCUGGUUUUGUGUGAUGAAUUCAGCCGAGCGUUGGAACCCUCCUGGUUGCUGAAGUGGCUGGUCGCUUGUGUUUCAUUGGAGGCAGAAAAAGAUGAAGCUGAUCUACAUUUCCCUACCUGAUUCAAAGCUGCCUACAGUUUUUGGUCUGAGUGGAUGGCAGGUUUCAUUUGAAACGGAAGCUAUGAAUGAGUCUAAAAGUUGAACUUUAUGUGUUUGUUUGUGAAGAGUGUGUGUGUGUGGGGGGGGGGUUUGUUGGGGCAGUAAGGUUUGGUUUUAAAAAGUUAUUUGCACAGCAUUCACAGAAUGCAGCCCUUGUGUUUUUUUUUCCCCAUUUCUAUUUGUAGAAAUUAAGCACUACUUCUAUACAAAUAAAUAUAUACUGUACAUAAUAAAAAUAAAAAAAAAACACC